GAUCACCCAGAACAACGCCAUGAAGAUCUCCUUUGCCAAGAAGUAGCACCCUUUCCCCAUGUCUCUGUCCCCUGUUCUGGGGCCACCCCCUCCCCCUCUUGGCUCAGCCCCCUGAAGUCCACGAUGGCUUGGUCCUCGGUGCUCCUUGGUGUUGUCUUGCUGUCUGCCUUCCCAGGUCCUAGUGUCGGGGGCCACCUGAUGCCCAGGCUGGCUGACUGGAAGCUGUGUGCUGACGAGGAAUGCAGCCACCCCAUCUCCAUGGCCGUGGCCCUUCAGGACUACGUGGCCCCCGACUGCCGUUUCCUGACCAUACGCCAGGGCCAAGUGGUGUAUGUCUUCUCCAAGCUGAAGGGCCGAGGGCGGCUCUUCUGGGGAGGCAGCGUUCAGGGAGAUUACUAUGGAGACGUAGCUGCUCGCCUGGGCUAUUUCCCCAGUAGCAUUGUACGCGAAGACCAGACCCUGAAGCCUGGCAAAACUGAUGUGAAGACAGAUAAAUGGGAUUUCUACUGCCAGUGAGCUCAGUCUACCGCUGUCUCUGCUGUUGUUUCUCGCUGACUUUAUGCAAAUACAUCAGCCAAGUGCAAACUAUGGGUGUCGGUGGUCUUUGUGGUGGGUCUCUAGAAAGGAAGUGUUUC